AUGCGCAGCUUCCUCCUCGGUGCCGGCCUGGCACUUUUGAACAUCAUCCGGGCCAGCGCUGAACCCGUCGCUGAGGCUGCACCAGCUCCAAGCUUCGUCAACAUUUGUGUGCGUGAUCCCGCCAACAUCGAAUGCGAAAAUCAAGCCGGGAUCCCCGACUACAUCAAAGGGUCCUACUUCGUCCACACCGGUUAUGUCUUCGCCAUCAACGCCGUCAAGGCAAAUGGCGAUGUCUGGUAUCACAUGAACGCUCCGACCUCCCAUUCAUGGUAUGGUGUCGGCUUCGGCCGCGACAUGAACAAUGUUCGCAUGCUCGUCGCCUACCUCGGCAGCAACGGUCACAACGUCACCAACAGCUGCCGCAUGUCGUACGGCGAAUCCGAACCCGUUUAUGACCCUGACUGCGUCGUUGACGACAUUUACGGCGACAUCUACGGUCCUUAUGCCAAUACCCUCAGCCCCGGUGGCGUGAUGAUUACUCACAGCGUCUGUCGCGGUUGUGCCAGUUGGAUGGGUGGCGCCCUCGACUUGAACAGCACUGAACAGCCGUUCAUCUAUGCCCUCGGACCGAACACCACCCUGUUAUCCGACCGUCGCGAUGCCGAGAUCCGGAUGCACACCUUCCACGGAGUCUUCAACCUCGACAUGACCAAAGCCACCAAUUACACCGGUACCUACGGCCGCGUCCCGGCCCCUCAGGAUCCCGCCAACCAGGGCCAGGGCGCCUUCUGGGCGUUUGCCAAUGCUUUUUCAUCGCCGCAGUACAACUUUGGAGAUGAUACGGAAUGGGCGGGCAUGGCCCACGGAAUUUUCAUGUGCAUUGCAUUCUUGCUCAUCUUCCCUCUCGGCGCCGUGAUCCUCCGGACCAUGAAGCGAGCCAUGUUCCACGCCGUCGCUCAAUUGGUCGGGUUUCUCUUCGUCCUCGUCGGUUUCGCACUGGCCGUUUACGUCUCGAAGAUUUAUAACAAGUCCAAGAAGUUCAACAGCGCCCACCAAGUCAUCGGCCUCCUCGUCCUCGCCACCCUCUUCAUCCAAAUCGGCCUCGGCUUCACCCACCACUUCCUGUAUCUGCGCACGGGGCACCCCACACCCAUGGGCCAGAUCCACCGCUUCCUCGGCAUCGGCAUCAUCGUCCUCUCCGUGGUCAACGCGGGCGUCGGCUGGAACUUCGCCGGCGUGAUGGGCCUCAUCUUCGUGGGCUUCUUCUUCCUGCUCUGGCGCGCCAACCGCAAGACCACGACCUACAAGGCCGAGCGCCUCAGCUCCUCGUUCGUGCCCCACGACUACAAGGAGGACGCGCCCAGCGAGUACGAGAUGCACCACGCGCCGUUCGCGUCCAUGGGCCAGCCGCACGCCGGCGGCAACGGCGGCCGCACCCCGCGGUGGAUGGAGAGCAACGAUAGCCUGAGGAAUCUCUCCACGAGGGGCACCGAGGGUUAUUCCGAUAACCCGGCGACGAUGCCGAAACAUGUCCCGUAUCAUACCCAGUGGCAGCCGGUCUCGGGGCCUUGA